UGUACAAAGGAAACAACACGUGCGAAAACAACGGCUUAGAAAUUAUUGCCAAAAAUGAGGCUACUGGAUCCACUGAGAGCAUCAAAUACAAUAAUUCCGCGUUUGAUAGGCGAGAUGAGAUUAAGAAAAGGAGUCAUCCACUUGGAAGCAAGUACAAUUCACCUAUAUUCAGUAUCAGUCUCUCAGCGUUCUUGUGA